AUGAGGAGAAGAGAUCCUACGGGAACUCCUAAUAAUCUUAAUGCUCAGAUUAAUGAUGAACUAAACAACUCUCGGGCUUACAGUUCAUAUCUUGACAACGGGAAUGGUAAUGGUAAUGGUAAUGAUCCGCCAUCUCAUACCUUGACUAAUUCUUCAUCCAUCAAUAGUCAGUCCAAAGCAUCAUUCUUACAAAUGAAGAAGUUCAAACCCCGGGCCUCGAUGAAUCAUUCACUUCAUAAUAUCAAUAAUAAUGAAAAUCUAAGUGAUAAUUCUUCAACUGAUUCAGCGAGUAUCAUUAGUGGAGGUACCGUAAAUACUAAUGGAACAAGUAGACGACAAAGUUUAGGUAAUGCUAUUAGUAAAACAUUUACCAAUCGAUCUUCCAGUACCACCUCAAUAAUCCCUGGACCUCAAGUCACUAAUUCGAAUCAUAAUCGAAAUGCUUCCACUUAUAGUAUAUCGACUAUUCAACAUUCAAUCAAUAAUAAUAUUAGUAAUCCCUAUGAUAUGCCGACGAGUCUAACACCGAUUCCUACCACGACUUCCACCAACAAUAACACCACCACCAAUAACAAUAACAAUAACACCACCAAAAGAUUAACACCGAUAAGUCGGAAUUCAACCUCAAUAUCUUCUAUGAUGUCUCCUGCAGCCACCAUAAUAUCCAAACCCACCGUAAGUUCAGAAUCCAUCGUAGCGCAACAUUCAACGAAUGGAUUCAAUUUAGAAAAACCCGAUCUGAUCUAUGAAAUCGAUCGGAUGUUUCGAGAGUUAAUGGAUAAACGAGAUUUCCGGUCACUACCUCAAAAUGCCAAGAAUGAAAUGAUAAAUUAUAGUCCCGAUAAGAAAUGGAUGUUAAUUUAUCAAGAUGCAUUAACGGAAUAUAAACGUCAAGAAAGAAGUUUUAAGAAUAAAGAAAGUUCAUCACCGGAUUUCUAUAGUCGGAAAUUAAUGUCUAAAACCAUUACUGCAUUACAAUUAAAGAAUUUAUGGGUUUCAUUAAGAACUGAACCAUUAGAUUGGGUAAGAGAAUUUAUAUAUGAUUAUCAAGGAGAUGCAUUAUUAUCAGCAUAUUUAACUAAGAUUCAAGAUUUAAUUAAUCAACAUGAAUUAUUAGAUAUUCAUGAUGAAAUCUUUGAUAAAGAAUUUAAUACUUUAAAGGCAUUAAAGACUAUGAUGAAUCAAAGAUUAGGAGCUGAAAGAGUUAAAACUGAUAUAACUUUAUAUGUUAAUGCCGUAUCUGGAUCAUUAUUAUCACCUCGAAUUCUUACCCGAAAGAUUGCUGCCGAAUCUUUAACAUUUAUGAUUGCUUAUUAUAAUCAUUCAACUAAUGGAAAUGAUCAAUAUAAUAAAAUUUUAAAGGCAUUAGAUUCUAUACCUUCCAAACCAUAUUUUGAAUUUGAACUGGAUUCAAUUAUAUCUUCACCAACAAAGAAACAUGGUAGAUUAAUUCGAAGAUUAAUUCAAUCUAAUAAUCUUAAACGAUUUGAAUUAUGGUUAAAAGUGGUUAGUAAAACUUUAGAUGGUAAGGGGAAAUAUCUUAAUUCAUUAGUUGGAGCUAGUGAUGAAUUAAAGUAUGCUCAAUCUACUUCCAAUGGAUCACUUGAAAAUCAAUUAUCAGAAUAUUGUUUAAGUAAUAUGUUAUUAAUUAAUACAUUAAUUGAUUUUGCUAUGGAUGUUCGAAUUAGAAUCCAUUUACGAGCUCAAUUCACAACGGCAGGAAUUCAUAAAUUAUUACAACAAUUUAAUGAAUUAAAUUAUGAGAAUUUAAAUCAACAAGUAUCUAAAUAUAUUGAAUAUUCAUCACAAGAUGAAAUCGAAUUAAAGACUCGAGAUCAAAUUGAUGAAGAUUUGGAUUUUAAUAAUCCGGUUGAAAUUAUUCAAUCAUUAUGGAAUCAAGUUAAGAGUAGUGAAUCAGAAGGAUACUUUUUAAGUGCCAUGCAACAUCUUUAUCUUAAUCAAACUGAGAAAAGAGAUAAUAGUGAAGAAUUAAGUCGAAGUGUAAGACUUUUAGAUGGAUUAAUUCAAAAUAUUUCUAUGAAUACUGUCUCGGAUGAUGAUACAAAUAUAAGAGUUGGAAUUAGUAAAGUCUUAUCAAGUUUAGCUACUGAUGAAUUAUAUCAUAAAGCUCAAGAAGAAGUUAAAAUGUAUAAAAAGAUUGCUGAAGAAGCCGUGGCUGAACGGGAUGAUAUUUCUCGACAAUUAUCAAUGGGAGCCGAUGGAUUAAUUACUAAUUUAACUAAUGAAAUAAGAGAACAAGAAACCAUAUUAAUUCGAACUAAGAAAUUGAAUGAAGAAUUAUCGGAAGAUUUAGAAGAAUUAAAGCGUAAACAUUUACGAGAGAAACAACAACAAGAAUUAGAAAUGAGAGAAUUAUUGAUUAUGUUAAAUAAUCAAGCCAAGAUUGAAACCAAACGAAGUAAUAAUAAAACAACCGUAUCUGUUCAAACGACUAAUGCCGAAUUAAUUGAGAAAUUACAGAAACAAAUCAGUCGAAGAAAAGCAGAAUAUAAAUCAGAUAAUCGACAAUAUGGAGCUGUUGAACCCAGUUCCAGAUUACGAGAAUUACGAGAUAAAAUGGCGGAUAUUGAGAAUAUGGCCCGAGAAUUAGAAAUGACGGAAUUCGAAACUUAUGUUGAACCAAUUAGUAAUAAUAAUAAUAUUAUUAUUAUUAAUAAGAGUCCUUCUGAACCAGAAAUUGAAGAUACUUUAUCAGAUACUUCAGAAGAAGAAGAUGAGGUGGAAGUGGAAGUGGCAGUAGUUGAAACUCUACUGGAACCAGGACCUAUUCGACCCGUAAGAAGUGAUGAUUUAGUGAAAUUAGAUAAUUUAAGAAAGAAAUUGGCUUCAUUACAAAAUGAAUCGAAUGAUAUAAUGAAAUUUAAUAAUAGUGCUAUGUUUAGUAAACAGAAAUUCUUAGCCAUGGAAAGAUUACGGGAAUUAGAGAAUAACUUUAAGGAUUUCAAUAUUGACUUUAACUUUGAAGAAGAUCAUCACCAUCCCGAUCUCGAUCCCGAUGUGUAUGAAACUCCCGAAGAUGUUGAUCCCUCAAUUAAGUCGAAGAUUCAAGAAGAAUUACUUGAAGUUCAGAAACUUAAGGCUGAAUUGAAAUUGAAAUUAGCCAGUAUAGAUGCAUCAUCCCCCAAGAAGAAGAGAUUGUCUAAACAAUCUUAUUCUAAACUGACUCUAGAUAAGUUAGAGGCUCGGUAUGAACAGGGAAAGAUUAAGCCUGAAGGAAUAGAUAUCGUUAAGGGAUCCAAUGGUCCAACCCGAGAUUAUCGAGAUCAUCGUAAAACGACAAUUGGAGGUAUGGAGCCGAAGUUUUUAGAAGAAUUGAAAUCGAAAGUAGCAGUGGUUGAGGGAAUAGAUAGUGAAGGAGUAGACAAGGGAGUAGACAAGGGAGUAGACAAGGGAGUAGAUACACCAAUUGCUCCACCUCCUGUAUCAUCAUCUACUCCUGUUUCAUCUACACCAUCUGGAUCUACUCCUGCUCCUCCUCCUCCUCCUCCUCCAUUACCUCCUAUACUUGGUGGUGUAUCUGGUGUUCUGACUGCUGCCCCACCUCCUCCACCUCCACCUCCUCCUCCACCUCCUCCACCACCGCCAUUACCAAAAUCAUUAGCUGGAUCUAGUGGUUUAGUUCCUCCCCCUCCUCCACCCCCUCCUCCAUUCCCAACCACCACCACCAAACUUAAAUCCACCACUAUCACCACCACCACCACGACUCCAUCACCAUUCUCCAAUUUCCCUCGACCCAAGAAGAAGUUGAAACAAUUACAUUGGGAUAAAUUCGAUAAUGAUACGUCGAAUUCAUUCUGGCAAGGCACCCAAACUAGUACUAUUGCCAGUGAACUUAAAUCUAAGGGAGUGUUUGAUGAAAUUGAAUUAAUCUUUGCUGCUAAAGAGAUUAAGAAAUUGGCCACUAAGAAGAAAGAAGAAGUGGAUAAGAUAUCAUUUUUAUCACGAGAUGUUGCUCAACAAUUCAGUAUUAAUUUACAUACUUUUAGUAGUUUAAAUGAUGAAGAAUUAGUAUCCAAGAUCUUAAGAUGUGAUAAAGAUGUUAUCACCAAUCAAGCCAUACUUGAAUUUCUUGGAAAGGAUGAAAUUGUUGAAAUAUCUAAUUCAUUAGCUCGAAAUCUUGAACCAUAUUCAACGGAUUAUAAAGUAGAAAAUCCUGUUAGUUCAGAAAAGGAUAAGACGGAACUUCAACGUCCGGAUCGGAUUUAUUUGGAAUUAAUUUAUAAUUUACAACAUUAUUGGAAAUCCAGAAUUCGUGCCUUAACAGUAAUGGCCAAUUAUGAAAAGGAUUAUGAAGAUUUAGUGGUUAAAUUACGAGCCAUAGAUGAAGUUGUAACAUCAAUAAAGGAAUCUAAACAAUUAAAGAAUGUAUUUGAAAUCAUCUUAACGGUGGGGAAUUAUAUGAAUGAUUCAACUAAACAAGCACAGGGAUUUAAAUUAAGUUCACUUCAACGAUUAAGUUUUAUGAAGGAUGAUAAGAAUAGUAUGACUUUCAUUCAUUAUGUUGAAACUAUCGUGAGAAGUCAAUAUCCAGAAGUUAUGAAAUUUGUUGAAGAAUUAGCUAAAUGUAAUGAAGUAGCUAAAUAUUCUAUUGAAGGAAUUGAAAAUGAUUGUAAAGAAUAUUCUCAAUCGAUUAAGAAUGUUCAAAGUUCAAUCGAUGUGGGGAAUUUAAGUGAUUCAUCUAAAUUCCAUCCUCAAGAUCGAGUGCUUAAAGUGAUUUUACCAACUUUAGUAAGAGCUAAGAAGAAGAGUGAAUUAUUAGGUAGUCAAGUAUCAUAUACUAUGAAAGAAUUUGAUAAAUUAAUGAGAUAUUUUGGAGAAGAUCCAACAGAUUCAUUCAUUAGAAAUAGUUUUAUUUCUAAAUUCGCUAAUUUCAUCAAGGAAUUCAAACGAGUCCAAGUUGAGAAUAUUCGUCGAGAAGAAGAGAUACGAAUCUAUGAACAAAGAAAGAGAUUAUUAGAUACUCCUAAAGUUAAUAAUCUGAAUAGUAAUAAUAAUAGUAAUAGUGAAAGGACGGAAGGGACUGCAGAUGAAGGUGAUGAUUCGAAUAUUAUGGAUAGUUUACUUGAAAAGUUAAAGGCAGCAGGACCUCCGAAGGGAGAAUCUCUGUCGGCUCGGAAACGGGCUCUCUUAAGAAAACAAUUAAUGGAGAGUCCUCAUAAAUCCAAUUCUAAUUCUAAUCAUGAGAGUCAUAAUGGAUCACCUGAACGACCUGUGAUAGAAGAGAUAGUUGAAAGUGAAGGUACUGCCACCCCCACCACCAAUGAAUUGGAUUCAGAUACCGAUGUAAAUAUUCGAGCUCGAAGUUUACUAAAGGAACUUCGAGGCGUAGAAGAAGGAGAUGCCUCUGACAAACUAACAGCAGCUCAGAAGUUUCGAAUGGAAAGACUUCGAAAGAAAGCUUCUACACUUGAGUUUGAUGAUUCAUCACCUGAUGAUGUAUAG